UCGACUAAAGUACUGCUCUUAACAAGCUUUCAGUGUCGCUCGUGACGUGUCCACUUUCGGGUCAGUGCAAGAACAGCCACCAUCCACUUGUCCUGUAUUUGCGACAAAGAACAUUGUUAAUGAUUGUUUGACGAUCUUAUUGAAGUCAGCAGAAUGAAAUACCGCUCCGAAACAAAGGUUGGUGAAAUGACUCCUGCGGUGGACUUGAGUGACCUCAAGCGGCGCUAUUGUGGGCGACUUCAACAUUCCCUCUUUUUAUCCUUGCUAAUGAUAUGUUUGUUGUAUGGAGUUGGCUUCAUGGUUGUCACCCAAGUCGUUUAUGAUCACAACUUUUGGGAUGAUUCUAUUCGAUACCUGACAUUAAUAACUACGCUAGGUGUCUUGUUGGUCAUCUUUGUAUUCCUACUUCCGAUAGAAGGCGUUGCAGAGCAUUUUCGUUGGCUGUUAGGGUUUUUGGUGUGGGCAGCAAUGUUGGUGACGAUCUCGGUGUGGUCAUACGUCAGGCCCCUGCGGGGUAAUACCGACAACCUUUUGCUUGUUUAUCUAACAGUAUUCUGUAUGAACACCAUGUUACCUUUGCCGAGACUACCAGCACUCAUUAUGUCACUUGUUACGGCGGUCUCCCAGGUGGCGCUGUCUGCAGUCUUUGCCAAUUUUGAAACCGAUCAUCUAGGAAAUCAGAUAAUGGCUAACUCAGUGUUCCUGCUAUGUGCUGUAAAAGUAGGCUACUACCAUAGAUUGAUGCGGGACCACGCCCUUGACCGGACGUUCACUGGUACCAGAGGAGUCAUUGAGUCUCGUAUCAAACUAGAGUAUGAGAAAGAACAACAGGAACAACUUCUUCUUAGUGUGAUCCCAGCAUACAUUGCGGCAGAAGUGAAGCGAAAGAUUAUGCUCAAGAUGGCGGACGCUUGUCAAACACCGACAACACAGGCUAAACAGAGAUUUCACGAACUUUACGUUCAAAGACAUCAUAACGUGAGCAUCCUCUAUGCCGAUAUAGUCAACUUUACCCCUCUGUCUGAGCAGCUUUCAGCAUCAGAUUUAGUACAGACUCUCAAUCAGCUUUUCGGACGCUUCGAUCAGAUAGCACAAGAAAAUCAAUGCAUGAGGAUAAAAAUUCUUGGAGACUGUUACUACUGCGUUUCGGGGUUACCUGUUUCAAGGCCUAAUCAUGCUUAUAAUUGUGUUAGAAUGGGCCUUCAGAUGAUUGAGGCUAUCAGAGUAGUACGUGAGGCUACUGAAGUAAACGUGGACAUGCGUAUUGGUAUUCACACUGGAAAUGUUUUGUGCGGUGUACUGGGCCUUCGUAAAUGGCAGUAUGACGUAUGGUCUGAUGACGUCACGCUAGCCAAUCACAUGGAAUCUUCAGGUGUUCCAGGACGAGUACAUAUCACCAUGGCAACGUUGCACCAGCUGGACAAUCAAUUUGAAGUCGAACCACGUCAAGGUCUUCUCAAUGACCAAUUUCGUCUUGACCACCAAGUGGAAACAUUUCUUAUAAUUCCUCCGAAGGUAAUCGUCGAAGAAAUAGAGGAGACACGGUUGAAGAAAAAAGGAUCUGAUACUUCCACUAGGUGUCGCACUUCUUCCAAGAUGAGCAAAUAUGUAGAAUGUUGGGGAGCGGAUAAGCCAUUUGCAAAUAUCUCGGAGACGACCCUUGCUAAAAAUAUUGGCUUAACGAGUCUGGCACUGAUUGAAGGUAACAUUCUACCUGGGGCUGGAGUUUUGGUUGGUUGUCGACAAUGUGUCAACUCUACAGACGACUUCAAUCCGGUGCUGCUUCGUUUCACCGACAGAAGGCUAGAAGCGGAGUACCAACGACAGCCAAAUCCCCAAUUUUUUUGGUACACCCUGUGUACUAACAUCCUGUUUGUUUCUAUCGCUGUCAUUCAUUUGCUUACUCUACCGAUAAAUCUUACCACUGUAACUGUUCUGGUUUCAACAUUCAUUGUUGUUGCAGCUUUAACUGUUGUGUCUUGCGUGCAACAUUUCCAGCAUUCGACUGAGUCAACUACGAGAUCCUUACCUUGCUCAACCGAUGUCGCUUCGAACCAAAUAUUAAGAAUAUUUAUCUUUCUCUUUUCUGUUCUUCUUAUUUUGGCAGCUUGCAUGGUGAACAUGGUGAUUUGCUACACUGAACCACCUGUCAGAACGAAAGUAUAUUUGAAUAUUACUAACUCCACUGGAAGCCAAGAGCAUGACUGCCAGUUUUUUCAAUAUCACCAGUUCACGACAAUUCUUACACUGACAACAGUAUCCGUGUUUUUACGUAUUAACUAUUUACUGAAGCUGGUUGUCAUGAUUACUGGAGUGGUGGCGUUUGCGGUGAUCUUUGUAAUUGUCAAGCCCAACUUGUUGUACGUCGAAGACCUGGGCAUGAGCGACGGGAUGAUCGAAACCCUUUCGUUCUUCUACGAUGUGUCGUUUCUAGUGAUAUUUUUUAUUGUUCUUCAUGUCUUAGAUAGACAG